UCACGUUCCACCUGUGCCUGUUUUUAAGGAGAAGCCAGUUCCGAAGGCAGCUCCAGCAGCAGUUCAGAAGAGGAGUCAGAUACAGAGGAGUGGGAUGGAGGAAGGCUGGAUGAAGGGCAGGAGGAGAAGGAAUCCCCACCUUACUGCAAUGACUCAGGAGAGAGCUGCUUGCCACACUGUGAGCACUGCAGGAAUGAAAACGACCAGAAGGAGCAGGUGACCCCCAGGAGACUUGCUGGAGGACAAUUUAUGGUGCAGCUGGAUGCCGAGGGCUCCUACCAGUGCAGCAUCACCGGGCUCAUUUUCGAGGUGACGGGCGCCGCCAGGAUCACGUAUUCCCUGUUGUCCUGGAGCAAAUUCGCCCGGCUGGUGGAGAAGCCCUGGAUCGUGGGCGGGCCCCUGUUCGACGUGCGCUGCUCGGCGCCCGCCGCGCUGGGCUCCAUCCAGUUCCCGCACUGCCUGUGCCUGGGGGGUGAUGGCGAUGCCGUGGCCUUCAAGGUGCUGCACGUCAAGGGCGGCGGCGCGGCCAUCGAGCCCUCGGCCGAGUUCUCGGCGUCGCACGUCAAGUGGGUGGUGAGCUCCUUGUCCCCCGUGGGACCCCUGAUCCACAGCCAGGAGCCCCUGCACUACCACGGCGUUGUCAUCCUCUACAAAGCCGUGGAUGAGCACCCCUCCCUGUCCUUCUGGGUCUACCUGGCCACCAACAACCACUCGGUCAUCAAGGAUAUCGAAAAUGCUGUAAAACACUCAAAAAGGAAAUUUAUUCGAAUUGAAAAGCCAGCUGUAUGCCAAAAAUUACUGCAGGAAGGAAAGAAAUACAGAUUGAUCUGUGAGCCAGAAGCUGAAAUAACUCCUGGGGAGAUGAAAUUUGUGGAUGGAUCACUCAUGAAACUGAAGAGUUACUUUGAGGUGUAUUUGGAGAAGCCUGAUGACUUCACCUUGUCCCUGGUGGAGGAGGACUCGGAUGAGACCAUCUGGAAAGCCAGACUCCGAGAGAGGGAUUGGAUCCAUUAUGACCAGAACAAGAACGAGCAGAAGAGGAGCACAGCCAGUGUGAGGAAGAGGAAGCCAACCCUCAACAUCCUGGAGGAAGAGGGGCUGCACAGCAAAAAGCAGAAAAGCGGCAGCGUCGCAGAUGGAAUGGGAGCAAAAAGCUUAACAGACAAACAGCUGCUGGAGAUCGCCAAGCUCCUGGACCGGCACUGGAGGGAAAUGGCCAUCGAGUGUCUCCAGAUGGAGAUGAAGGACAUCGAGGACAUCCGGGCCAUGGAGGAGGAGGUGAUCAUGCAGAAAUUCCAGGUGCUGAGGAAGUGGAGAGACAGGGAACAGGGCAAUGGCACUGCAGAGGCUUUGCAGAGGAGCCUCGGGGAAACGGCCACCUACGAGAUCCUGCAGGCGCUGCAAGGUUUCUUGGCUCAGAGCUGAGCCAGCUGGAAGGAGGAGGAGGAGGAGGAGGAAGAGGAGGUGGGAGCUUCCCAACCCAACCAUUCCGCUCCCCUGGGAUCCUGCUGGGAUUCAGGAAUGCUCGUGGCAUCACCACUCCAGAGGGAAGUUCGGGCAGGAUCCUCCAGAGAAACGGGAAUGGAAUUUUGUGUGGAUAGAAGCCACUUCCAAGACUCUCAGGAGAGGUGGAUCCUGGAAUUCUUGGGCUUCACCCACAGGAAAAACCUCUCUGGAAAAUCACAAACACUGGAAGGAACCACUUUGAUUUUUCUCAUCACCUGGAAAAUAAUUUUAUUUCCAUCAGGGAAAAACAGGGAGAAAAAUUCCCCUGGAAACUUUUAUCCCCUUCCAAAAAAAACCCACGAAACUACUGAACUGCCAGAAUCUUGAGAUGGAUUUCUCAUGGAUCAGGGAAGAAUAAUCCUAAACUUGCACCAAAUUCCUUUGCAUAAUCACUGUAUAUAUGGAAUUAUUGUAUAGCUCCUGUACAUCCAGUCCUUGUUAAGCUGUGGUUCUGCUUCCAGAAAUUCCCAAAGUUGGGAACACCGCUAUGAACUCCAGGCAGCUCGGAAUUUCCCCGUGGAAUUUCUUUUUCUGUAUAGUUUGUCUCCCAUUUUUUACCUUGUAUAAUUCUUUUUCGUAUGAGAAACUUUUUAUACUUUUUUUUAUUUUUGUUUUUUACUUGAUUUAUUUGAACUUGGAUAGAAUUUAGGUGCUUAAAAUUUCAGGAGGAGCCGAAAUCCCUGUGCUGCAGGAUUGGAAAAAAAAAUUGGGAAAACUGGAAUUUGCAGAAGAGAGGAGUGACCAGAUCCAGGAUUGUCUUGUUUUUAAGGCCGUGGGAUAUUUGGGAUCAUUUUCCUCUGUGUAUGUUUGGGAAAAGAAAACAUAACUUUAAAAAAUAAGGAUUAAACAG